AUAACUGUACUUAUAUUUGUCCUGUGGUGCAAUUGAAAGCCAGAUGACCAAAAGGUUGAAGUGGUGUCGUGUUGGCCCUGUUGCAAUAUUUGUACUGAUCCUUUCAUUACACAUUUGGUGUCAUCAGACGUCAGCCAAGCGGCGCAGUUUAUUCCUUUUAGAACAUAGAAGAAGUCUCCGCCGUGUGUCUAGCUCUCUCUCAACUUUGUUUGUAGUUGAUUUCUUUUAGUGUUCGCAAAUGUGAAGGUUGAUUUAACACUUUCACCACUAGUGGUCUCUGGAUCUAUCUCUUGCAUUGGGGUAGAAAUUGUAGAUAAAGAUAAAAAGAGGAUCAUAUUUGGAGUGGGAAGGACGUUUACUGUGAGGUCAUGUGAAACGACGUUCAAGUUUGCCGCUAGAGUUUUCAACAAAGCAUCGUUUACAAUGAGUGUAUACAAGUUUUGCCCAGAUUGUAACAACAUUCUCUACCCUAAGGAAGACAGGAAACAACGGAUCCUCCUCUAUGCAUGCCGAAACUGUGAUCACCAGGAGGUUGCUGAUAAUAAUCGCGUCUACAGAAACGAGGUACACCACUCUGUCUCAGAAUACACACAGAUUUUGCAGGAUGUAACCUCAGAUCCAGCUCUACCUCGUACUAAAUCCGUUCGUUGUAGCGCAUGUGGCCAUGGAGAAGCUGUCUUUCUACAGGCAACAUUCUUGCCCUGCUUUGCUUGUUGCAAUACUAUUGAUAUAAUUUUGGUUCAACGGUUAGAGAAUCUGGGACCAAAAUAAAAUCUAACUAUAUAUAUGAAAAAAAAAAAAAAAACAGCUUAAAACCCAUAAGUAGAUCGGAUUAGACAGUUCUGAUCUGAUUCAAGCUUGGGCUAGUUUCAGUUACGAUUCCUAACCCAGUUUUAGAAGCCAAAACUGAUCUGUUGCAUGUGGGCUUGCAGCUUGCUGCCUAGGAACAAAAUGCACGUAUCUGAUUCCUUACAUUUAUCAAUGGGUGUUUUAACACUAUGGAGUUUGUGUAUGAAAAAGCAGGCAACUUCCAGAGAAGAAGGUAUGACGCUGUUUUAUGUGUGCUGCAAUCCCAACUGCGGGAAUAGAUGGAAAGACUAAGUGGGAGAUAUUUAUCAGGAUCCGGUCGGCCAUGGACCCAAAAACAUAUUGAAGUGGAUCUCAUCAUGAAAGUUCACAUAAGACUCGGGAGCUAUCUGAAAGUUACUAACAACUGAUGUAUAUAAUUGUAUAGUUUUUUACUACCUAAAGAAACCGUCUUCCUUGAGUUUGUGAUAUGCAGUAUAUGAAAGCAAUGACUGGCCUCAAGGUCCUCCCCUGAAAAUUUUAAUU